AUGGAGGACAAGAAGAGCACCAGUAGGGAUGUGGUGUUCCAAGUUACUACCCGUGAGAAGACGGAUGAUGAGGACAGGGAGUACAUAAAGGUUACGCUCCCUCGCUUUAGUGGCGGAACAGCUAAGGACUGGCUGAAGUGGAGUCACCAGUUUACUCGCCUGUGCCAGCUGAAGAAGUGGCAAUCGGACGAAAAGGAUUUGCACUUGCAGUUGGUUUUAGAGGAUGAAGCUCUGGAAGCUUGGAUAACAGCUUCAGAUGACUUGGACAUGAACAGCGGGACGCAGUUCGCGAAGGCUUACAGACGCUGGGGGCGCAUGUACGUACCGCGCACCUACAGUGAACAGUUAGAGGAAGAGUUAUUCAUGUUUACCAAGCGAAGAAGUGAGACGGUAUCUCAGUGCAACCAGCGUAUGCGCGAGAUCGCGCGCAUGCUGCAUGACUUGCCUACGAACCCCAUGGUCCUGGAUGACAAGUCGAUGAUCCGGUAUUCUAAAAGGCCCAUACCAAAGGAGUGGAAACGUGCCUACGAGUACAGCGGCAUCGCUUUCAGCAGCAUGCCACAGACCGUGCAGUACUUUGAGCGGAUUGAGCAGUCCGAGCGACGACAAGGGAAGGAGCACGGAGGAGGAAAGCAGAAAACCGAUAAGUCAGGCAAACAAGGUGGCAAUUCCGGUAAAAGUGGCAAUAGUAAGGGGAAUAACAAGAACUUUAAGACUCCUGAAAAGAGUAGCCCAGACCCAAACGGGAAAUGGUGUAAGCUGCACAAUACUUCCUCGCACAGCGACAGUGAGUGCUUUACUCAAAAGAAGUAUGAGCAGAGUGGCAACCAGAAGUCGAAGUUGAAGAAGAAGACAGAGGCUGGUAAGUUGACUCGUGUGGUUGAAGCAGAGCCAGACUACAGCUACAGUGAUGAUAGUGAAGGCAAGAUGAUUACAAGCUUGAUGAAAGAGAGCUCGGUGAGUAGGCAGUCCGAUGCGGCUACGGAUGAGAUUGUCCAAGACGAAGGACGUCGGGUGGCACUGCUGGACACAGGAUGUGGCACGAGUUACAUCAACUCUAAGCUUCUGAGUGCGAACAAGAAGCUGGGUUUUCAGAAAACAUCGUCAUCGAUGCAAUUCGAAUAA